AUUUUUCAAAACCCUCAUGGGUGUCGUCGGUUUACAGUUACUAUGAUUACUGUUUUUUCUUGCAUUUUAAAGGUAAUUUUUAUCAGGUGACGACAUGACCAGCGAUGAAAAAUUAUCAGAAGAAGUAGUCUCCGUUAACCGAGAUGUUUCGUCCUUAGAAGCGAUUAAGGAUACGUGCCAGAAAUCCGCAACCUGUAAUGUAGCCGAAAUAGUAAACGAAGAAGGUAUCGAAGAAAAACCUGAUCAAGAUUUUUCUAAACUAUCCGAGUCGGAGCAAAUAGCUAAUGACAUUUUGCAAUCAAUAAUAGCUUCGACGUUCUGGUCACUCGAAACACAUUCUUCUACCGACAAUUUCAGUUUCGAAGAAAAGUGUUCUUAUAUCGAUGACAGUGGAAUUGAUAUGACCGAUAACUAUCCGAUACCCACGGAGUGCCGAGAGCCGAAAAAUUUCUGUGCGGAGGAAAAAAGUGAGAGUGCGUUGAAAAAAAUGAUGCCGUAUACUGUAUUUACCGAUAACAAUAUCAACAAUAUGUACGGUGAAGUUAAAUUUCGUAGGAGAAGUAAUUCAUGUCAAGAAAGAACGAGCGACGACUUUAAAAAUGUUAAUAGAAAAACCAGUAUCGUUGGGGAUGAUUUUGAACAAUUUUCAAAUCGAAAAUCUACGUCUUCUGAUUCUAUCGGGAAUAGUAACAGAGGGUCUUUAUAUUCGGUGGAAGAAUACGACGAAGAAGAAAACGAGGAAUAUAUUAUUAAUAAUAAUAAUAAUCGUCACCGAGACCCGAACAAGAUCAGUCCGAUUUCAGCGGUGAACACCGUACUUGUCAAUAACAGCACCGCAACAGUCGAGAAAGAAAAGCAAAAAGAAAACAAAGCUAGAAAGAAAUCGAUAUUCUCCAACAUAUUUAGCAACAAGAAAAGCAACAAAGUUUCAAAGAAGAGCACCACUCUCGAUUCUCCCUUUUCGUCAUAUCAGUCGGAGAAGCCGUUCAAAAUCUCAUUGAUAAACGCCAAAAAGUACCGCUCGGCAGUGGACAUUCGGGAACCACAACAAUCAUUAACUAAAAGGAUUUCGAAGCUCCUGUACAAAGACGGGUCCAAUCUUAUUAGGAGAUCGUUCAGUUUUAGAGAUCUUCAGCGAAAGAAAGAGAAGGAUAUUACUCGAGAAAAAUUGGCCGAAAUGAAAAAUAUGGAAUGGGCGGCUUCGUUGCAGUCCCUCGUCGAGAGCGACAUCGGAAUUAGUUACGACGAUUUGAGUUUUGUGAAUUACGACGUUCAAAAUAGUUUAUUGGCCGAAAAAAUCGAACCAUUACGUCCUCACAGAGCUAUAUUACGAACCCAGAGCAUGUACGAAAACGGGUAUGAAAAAAGUCGAAAUUGUAAUGAAACAAGGGACUCGUCCUCAUCCGUCCCUCAGCAUUCCCAAUCAGCAGUAGAAUUGUCAAAUUCAGGAACAGACAUCUCCCUGAUAAUUAGUAGCGAACCGUGUCAUCAUAAAGAAGGAAAUGUUGAAGAUACGUCAAAAAUUUCCGAAAUAAAAACAAGCGACAGUGUUAGUGAAAAGUCGAACGAUCCGAAAGAAAAUUGGGGUAAUUCAUCUCCUCCGUUGUUAAGUCUGCAUUUGGUGAGAAAGGCGUUUACGCUUAUUAAUAUUAAGCAAAAUAACAAAAAACUGUCAUUGUGUGUUAUAUUAUGUAUAAAUUUUUUUUUGCAACAGAACAUUGUUUUCGUUGCAAUCGUGUUUAAUUUGGUAAAAUCGUUGUCGUCAAAAAGCUUAGCAAUUGCUCGCGAGUGCACCCCUUCGGCUGCUGCCAGUUCGGACAAUUUAAGUUCAAAUGAUAAUCCUUACGAGUGGCGUAAACUUGUCGGCUCGAUUAGACGAAAAGUUCAACGGAACCCUACUUCAACAAACAAUGGCGAAAAGGGUGGAAAUGGGUCGGUGUCGCGUAAAAAUUCCCUGACGAAAAGCAAAUUUGACUUGUUCAAACGUGAAACAAGUCGUGAAGAGAUCGGGAUACAACAUAGGAAGGAAAAAGGGCCGACCACAAGUAAAGAUGAAGGAAACGUACCAAGUGUAAGCAGAACAUCUAAGCUGGUGAAGCAAAAAAGCAUCGAGUUGUCACCUAGUAAACGGAAUUACUUUCGAAAAUGUUAUGAAAACGAAAAACGCAAAUCAAAUAAAGUUUGCCAUUCUAAUAUGGACGUUUCUGCUAAUAAAUCAACCAAAACCGACGUGAUGUUAAAAUCCAAUCGAUCUAGUUUUAAAAAUAAAAAAUCGACCAAACAGAAAAACCAAAGAAACGUUAGCAGAGAAGACUUUUUAGCUGCUACCAUGAGGAUUUUUUUAGUCGUUUCGCCACCCGGAGGAAAGAUACAGGUUAGAUCGAGAAGUUUAAAUCAUCUGGAUAAAUUGGAAAUGCGACAAAGCACGGCUUAUUCUACCGAGUCCACUUCUCUUAAGGAUUCUAAGUCAGAACCUGACUGCACCAGAUCAUUGACGAUCCUGCCUCCUAAAAAUACUCUUUUAAACGAUUCACAAGCCUCUGAAUUCAAAAACGGACGAAAGCAUGUUCUUACGAGAUCUCAAAAAUCUAGUAGCGAAUGUUUCAGUGUUAAUUUCGAAAUCGGUGAUGAGCCAACUUGGGACAACGAACUGUUCUUUCCAGCAAUUCGUGGAGUUACUUUAUUUGAUUCCCUUUGUAAAUUGUGCGAACUAAGGAAUAUAGAUUUGUUAUCUUGCGAGGGUUGGUUACAAGACAGAGAAAAUAACACAAGUACCCGAGUAUCUUUUUCACAAGAUACAAAGAUAUUAGUCGGUAGAAAUAUUGUAAUUACAGCUAAAGGGUCCUCUAGUGCUAGACAAGAAGAAGCGGCAAAGAAAUCGUCAUCGAGCAUAAAAUCCCGUACUUCUUUCAACAGUAGCGUAGAUUUUCCGUCGUCCUCAAAUUUAAAUUUAUCUCAUGACAGUCGUUUGUCAGUACAAGACUUCGAAACAAAUAAAAGGCAAUGUAAACAAAGAUGGUCUGGUUUAUUUAGCAAUAGCAAGGACAAUUCUAGAAUGGAAGUUUUAGCCGAACAAUUAAAUUAUUAUGCGAAAUAUGGAGUGCCUACGUCCCAGGUUUAUCCGAAAGGUCAAUGCGAGUCGAUAGACGCCUUAUAUAAACUAGAAAAUGAUUGGAAAGAAAUAAUAGAUGCCGAACAACUAUGCGAAAGAUCGCAACAGCAGCAAACUGCGCUAUGGGAACUUAUUAAAACCGAAGUAGCGUACAUCAAAACAUUAAAAGUUGUUACAGACCUUUUUUUGGCUUGCUUACGAGAUUUACAGUCGAGCAAUUUAUUAAAAGAAAUCGACACAGAUAAAUUAUUUUCCAACAUUACCGAAAUAUUAGAUGCGAACGUUCUCUUCUGGAGGAACAGUUUGUUUCCGUUGGUGCGCGAUAUGCGAAAAUAUAAACAGCCACCUUGUAUAGAAAAUAUGUGCGAGGGUUUCCUAAAGAUCAACGACAUAUUUCAACCUUAUUUUAGAUAUUGUUCUGAACAAGCCAGAUGUCAGCAUUAUUGUAGAGAAAACCACGCUCACAAUGAACUGUUUACAGCAUAUUUGGCGUGGUGCGAAACUCAAAGGGAAUGUAAUCGACUAAGAUUAAUGGACAUUUUGGUUCAACCAAUGCAAAGACUUACAAAAUAUGGUCUUUUAUUGAAAGCAAUUUUAAGGAAUACCGACGACGACGUGGAAAAAGAUAAUUUAAAUUUAAUGAUAAAAUCAGUUGAUGAUUUUGUCAAUAAUGUAAACUUCAGCUUGAAAAGAAAGCAAGACAAUGAAAGAAUAAAGGGCAUUAUAGCAAGAAUAGAAAGUUAUGAUGUAGUGGAAUCGAAGGACGACGAUGUAGAAAAACUUCUUAAAAACUACAGUCGUUUAGAUUUAAAUAAGCCGAUGGUAGGUUGUUCGCCAGGCAGAAGAAGGCAUCUGAUUAUGGAAGGGGACCUUAAACUUAAGGAUAAUACCAUAUCGAAGACUGAAGUUCAUUGCUUCUUAUUAACAGAUAUGUUACUUAUAUGUAAACCAUCGACAAAAAAGGGUGGGGCAACGAUGAGAGUCAUAAGACAACCCUACGUAAUCGACCGAUUAGUAAUUAGUGAACUAAACAGGGAAACCCCCAGUUUGGCUUGUAUUUACAAGAACGAAUUUGAUAUGGCCGUUGCAGCAUUUAUAUUGCAAAAUAAUGAUGCCAAAAAAUUGAAAGUUUGGAAAGAGUCGAUAAUGAAAGCGCAAUCGAUUUAUUCUCAAGCAAAGAAAGUUAAUUACACAAUGGAAGAGAGUUUAGAUGCAGAAUAUUGUGCGGAUUACAGCUUAGAAAGCGAUUAUCAUAAUGUACAGUUAGCACCGCGUUCGCCUUUAGCAGGUUCUUCUAGAAGUAGUCGCGUAUCUAGCCUUGCACAUAGUCACAGUCUUGUCCUUAGCGGUUCUGUUGAAAUCAACGAACAAUCAUCCGGCAACCCGUCGCACAUGCCGUCAGGAGCUGAAACGACCGAAAACCGUACUGCUUCAAUAUCAAGUGAUGACGGUGUACAAUCUCUUCCUUCAGAAAAAAGUCCCGUAACUCAUAAAAGUUUAUUUAAACAACGAAUGAUAUUGAAAACGCCCAAUACCCUUUCCGUACAACCCUACGGAACCUUGGGGCAAAGUUUACCUAAUCUUACGUUAGGUUCUCCGAAUGUCGGGACCUUAAAUUUAAACCUUAAUCAAAACACUCUGUUGGUACCAUCAUCUACCACGAAGAACGGUGGACACCUGCUGAGUCCAACUCAUAGGGGCAUUUCGUACCCGCCCCCAUCGCCAACGAGAGGUAAUUUGAAACGAGGUCUUGCCAUUUCUCAAAAUAAGAAUCCUCCACUAAUCAAAACAAGGCAUGUAACAUCAACAACUUCCGGGACCAGUGGAGCCUCUGGAGCACAAAUACCGACAAGUUUUGAUUUCGAUGUUCCUAUUAUAUCAGCCAUAUCUGCGAGAUAUGAAUCGGAUUAUUUAAAUCGAGACCAGAAAAGGCAGACUCUACUAAGAAAUGAAAAAGGUGAUCUUAGACGAUCAUGCAGCCCCGGAGCUGCCGAAGAUGUUCCACGAUCUGAAAACAGAGAUUUUAAAAUGCACACGAAACCAUCAUCAUGGAACGAUAACGGUUCAAAAAAAUUACGAGAUCAAACCUAGCAGCAGAAAAUAUUUAUUUUUGUAUGCUGUUUAUUAUUGUUACCAAUUUAUUUAUUAUUAAUCUAAUCAUAAGCUAAUAACUGCAUGACUGUGAGUAGAAAAUACAAAAUAAUUAAUUAAACUUACCGAUAUUACACAUUAUUAUGGUCUCAGUUAAAAUGUGAUAGACAAAAAUAGGGUUCUUUUAGUUCGUAAUUAGAUUAUCUUUUGGAGAGUAUGUACAUACAGAACAUACCAUUAUAUGUACUGUCUUCAUCAAUUCAUACUCUUGUACUAGUGGACCAAACACCACAAUAAUACUAAUAAAUACAUUUGUCUAUUAGUGGAAACAAUUAUGAUAAACAAAUUGUACAGUAAUGAACAUUCCAGUAAUCUUUUUCUUAAGGAAAAAACAUUCCGCGCAGUCACAUACCAUGUAGCAUUCUUAAGAUGUACCAUCAAAAUCAAUAACAUUAAUCGAAACGCUUAAAUACCUGUAUAUAUAGUGUAGUUAAUUUAGAAAGCAAAUGAUAGGCGUAAGUACGGCGCCUUAUUUUAUUUACAUCAAAAGAGAAAAACUUCGUGAAACUCUGUGAUCAAAUGAUCAAAUAAUUUGUUAUAAUGUACAUUUACAUUCACAACUAAUGCAUAUUGGUAAAAUUUAUUUUCGAAAACGAUAAUUCAGUUUCUAGUUUAUAUAAAAAGGGUAGAAAUACACAAUUACAAGCCAACGAGGAAGUGUUUGCAGAUAUAAAAAUGCAAUAACUUUAACUGCUCUUUUGUAUUUUUUAUGCAAGCAAACUUAAGUCGUAAAACAUUUUCUUUUUGUAGCAGAUACUCUCAGGAAUAUAGAAAAAAAAAAUUGUGUAGUACUGACAAUGCGUUGUUAUAAUUUAGUAAAUAUUAUAUUGUUAAGUCGCCCAUUCAAUGUCAAGUUACAUCGAAAAACUCGAACUGAAUUAGUUGCGUACAUAAAAAAUACUUUAUUGUACAAGUUCACGCUUAAUUCAGCUUCUAGGAUAUAGUUAGUUAAUUUUGGGAAUUGUUGAAGUAUGUUGUUAUUUAUUUUUUGCGUAGUUUUAAAACAAUAAAUCACUGAAUAAGUAACAUUUACAUGUAUGUAAUUUAGUGUAUAGAAAAAAAAGCUUUUAUUAGGUG